CGAGGAGGGGACUUGGGACGGUAGGGAAUGAUGUUGCGUCAGCGGUAUGUGAUGGACAUUCCGUGAUCUUCCUCAGCCUCAUCCUCCACCGCUGUUUGGGGCACAUUCCCAUGUUGCCCAAAUCGUUGAUUGGAGCCGUUCUGCUGUGGGAAGAAGAAGCCCUCAUCCGGGCUGGGCCGCUAGUCAUUCGCGAAGCCAUCGUUGCGCAUGCGGUUGCCAACCAAUAUUGUUCUUUGUGAGCGAACCAUGGGAUGCCGCUUUGUGAAAAUGCCAAAUUGGGUUUCCGGGACGCAUGCGGACGGUCCCACUGGAGGGUUUCGGUGGAACUCCUUAUGGGGCCGCGAAACGUUGUACUGGGCGGGCGAAAAUACAAAAUUGGGUUUCCGGGGCGCCUUACGCUCCCAAAGCAGGAACCUGACGAUGUCGAGGACGACGUAAUGGCUGUUGUACCGAUUGAUUCGUCUGAGGAGGAGAUCACCGACAUCGCCCAAUGUACGCAGCAGGGCGGUGAAGAAGAUGAGAUAUCUGGCCUUUCUCCUAUUCAUGGUAUUGAUGUGGCGGCCAGCACGGAGUGUUCAUUCUCUCAGACUCGCAGGUCUGACGCUCAUCCUGUCGAGGACUACCUGUCCCAGCACCCAGCAGCGGUUCUUCAGGGAUCGACGGAGGAGGUUGUCCCUUCGUUGCCGGUGGAUGGCCCCUCCUCCUCGUCCAUGAUGGCAUCGGACGUUGUUAAGCAUGUCAUUGAUGCGUUCACUGUCUUGAGCCUUGGUCCCAAGGCUCAGUGUGACCAUUGGUUACGCUCCCUUGCCAUCUACCUCCAGCCCAGCCUUUUCGAUAACCCUAUCGGCAUGAUCCAACACAUCAUUUCCGACAACCCUAUGGGCACGAUCGAGGAGCUCAACAACAGGCUUGGUGUGUCGUCAGUACGAGCUGCCCCUCAGGAUACUCAUGUUCAUGGGGGACAUAUAGUUGACUUGACUGGUGAUGUGCAGCUCGCAGAGGACACAGUGCUCGUACGCGAGGAAACUUUUCAGUUCAACUGUCCAGCGCUGCAUGGGCUUCACGAGCACACCUUCCUCCGAUCGGGAAAAUACUGCUGUGACUAUUGCGGUCAGGACAUCAGCGCACAUGAGCGUUUCUUGAUAUGCGAAUCAUGCGACGUUGGAGUGCGUUCGGAAUGUCAAAACAAUGCCGCUGCUAUGGAAGCCGCCAUGGACGUGAGUUGACACUCCUCGUACGUGUCUCGCUUGUUCCUCAUGUGCUCUCUCUUUGGCGCCGUGCUUGUGGGGCUCUAUGAUGCUGUUCCUUAACACGCUGUUAUGUUCCCUCUCAUCUUGGUCAUGUUAUAUAUUUGAGAGUCAUUUUGCUCCACCAACCGCCAGGAUGCCCCCUGCCCCGCACUGCGGCCGCUUUGCCAAAGUCAUUCCGCAAUGCAGGCCAGUUUGCUUCAUUGACGCUGAUGAUCUCGUCUCGUCCAGGCAGACAUGCUCAAGAUUGUUCAGGAAGGCUGCGAUCUUCUACACCAAGUUCCGAAUCUAUGAUGCCUGCUAUGGGUGCCACAUUGCCCAUCAGUCCGCGAGGCUGAAGUGGUUCUCAGUCGAUCACGAGUCUCAGUUCCCAGACACACGUGUUAAAGUGGGUGGUACACUCAUUCCUUGGAGUCCAGUUGUUCCAUACUAAAGGCGUUUCGCGUGCGCUUCGCAGUUGGUUCACCACUUCUUGCAAGCUUUGUAUCUCAAGGUGCAAAUUGGUGAUCUCUAUAGCAUUGGUUCUUCCCUUAGACCUGAGCGCGGUUGGCGCAUCCUGUCACGUUUGGUGACAUUCGCAAGACGCGCGGAUCAUUGAUUGCGCCCUUGGGGGGGGGGGGAGAAGAAGAAGAAGAAGAAGGAGAGGAAGGAA